AUGCAGACCAAGUACCUCCCCAUCCUCGCCGCUGCGGCUGCUACCACCGUCUCUGCCAGUGCCAGCCAAGUCACACAGGUCGACGUAGUGCACAUCAUCGAGACUCUCCAGGUCGGCAAGCACAUCCCCAGCUUCACUCCCAACAAGCGCAGCCUCAACGCCAUCUUCGCCCGCGACAACGACGCGGAGUGCCAAAGCUCCUUCACCUCCAUCUUGCUGAGCUUCCCCACUCCCAAGCCCGCCAUCGAGUCGUGGGCACGCACUGCCGAGACCACCCAGCUCUGCGUGAUCCAGGCUCCUACUUCGCUCUCUUCGGACCUCAUGGCGUACCUCACCGCCGUCAACGAGUGGGCUGUUGAGAAGGAUGGCGACCUGAACGGGCUCGUCGGCAAGUGUCUCGAGGAGGAGGAUGUUGAGAACGCCGGAGGGGUCGACAGCUGUCCUACUCCCGGAACUAUCUUGUUCACUGCCGACAAGACCACCGACACUGUAUUCCUCAAGACUGCCCUCGCGACCUUCACUCCUGGUGCUGCUUCUGCCACUAAGGCCCCUAAUGCUGGUGCUACUGGAGCUGCCAACUCAUUUGCCGCUGCUGCUGCUGUCGGUGUCGCUGCUUUCAUGGUUGCUGCUUAG